AUGGCUGCUUAUCCAACUCUAAAUACAUCUACAGCCUCUGAAUUCAUUGGCGCUCCACCAACUGCUCUAUUCCAGAAAUAUAAAGAUGAAAAAGAACAACAAGAAAAAUCUGAUGAACCAACUAAUUCAAACGUUGAAACUAUAACUGAAACUAAAGAAAACUUCGCUGUUCUAGAAAACGAAAAAUAUAAUGCUCCUCAAUCCACCGAUAUCCAAAAUGAUAUUAAAGAAAUUAUAGAAUGCGAGCCUUCUGAAUCCAAACCGAUCGUUGAAAUUGUAGAGUCUGAUGUUAUUGAAAAGAUUGAUAACGUGGAAAUAGAUGAUGACAAAGAAAAAUUCAUUGAAAAUAAGGACAAUUAUGAAACUUUGGAAAAUGAAAAGUACAAUGCUCCUAUAACCUCUGAUUUCAAAGAAGAAGUUAAAGAAAUCAUUGAUUGCGAGCCAGUGGAGACAAAACCAGUUGUUGAAAUAGAAUUAUCUAAAGAUGCUGCUCCAGUUAAAUCUACUACCGUAGAUGCUAAUUCCACAACAAAUGAUUCAAGUGAAACAACUUUAGUUGAAUCAUCUAAAGAUGAAAUUAUCGUAGAUCAAAAAGAUUUCGUUCCUCAACCAAAAAAGUUACCAUCUUUGAAAGAUCUUCCAACUUUGGGUAAUAGUGCUUCUAUUCCAUUAACUCCUGUUUCAUGGGGUCCAAAAAUGUCUCCUAAAAUUGUCGCCCAAGUUAAGCCUAUUAAAGAAUUCCCAAGUUCUUCCAAAAUUGGUGCUAAACCAAUGCGUUCAAGAAAUAUUCAAGAAAUAUUUUCGAUUCAAGAGGCUGACCAAUUAUCUGUUUCAAAAGAAGCUUACACGAAUAUUGUCAAUUCAGUUAGAAAAACGUUUAAUGUUUCAGUCGAAUCAACUGUCUCAAAAUCUUCCCGUACUAUUUUAAUCUCUGGUGACCGUUUGGAUGUUCAACUUUCAAAAAGAGAAUUGCUAAAGAAACUUCAAAAACCUGUUGAUGUUUCUUUCAAUAUCUUAACUUCAUGUAGAUCUGCUGUCAUUGGGUUAGGUGGUAGAAAUGUUCGUGAAUUAACUACAAAGUAUAGCGUCAGAAUUCACAUAGGAGAAGAACCAAUUGAGAACUCACAUGAUGAAGAAUUUGACGAUACAUUGACUCAGGUUAAUUUAAAUGGUGACACCGAAUCUGUCGCCAUUGUUAAGAAAAAGAUCUUAGAUAUAGUUAAAGAGGAAACAAAAAACGCUACCUUUAGAGUCACAAUCACCGACGAAGCUUUAAUUCCAUUCAUUAAUAUUUCAGAUUUAAUCAAACAAGACAAGUCAUCUGUGAAAUGUAGAUUCAAUCAAAAUUCAAAUGAAAUUGUGGUAACAGGUUUACGUGAAGAAGCUAAGUCAAAGUUUGCUGAAGUAAAGAACUAUAUUAGCAAUUUGAAUUCCUCAUUAACUAACGAGAAAGUAAAGAUUCCAAAUAAAUUCCAAAUUUUAAUUAAUAAUAAGGAAAUCAAGGAUAAAUUUAAUGUAGAUGUCCACUUUCCACAAGAAGCUAAUGACGAGUUCGUGAGUUUCGUCGGACCAAGUGAUAAAGUCAAAGCUGCAAUUGAUUAUGCAAGAAAUACUUCAAAAGAAUUUGUUGUUGAAUCCCUUGAUAUUUCUAAGUCUCACAGUAAUAACAUCAAACACGCCAAAAAUAUAGUUUUAUUUAUGGAAAAAUACGAUGCACUAAAAUCUAUCACCGAAUCAAAUGAAGGAGUAAGAGUUGUUCUUCCAAAUGCUAAACUGCUAUUAAACUCUGAUCACGUUGUAAUCAACAUCGUGUCAUCUACUUCCAACACUUCAGGAUUAAAAGCAACUAGAAAGGAAUUGAUAUAUUUUGUCGAUAAUAUGAACACAUCUGAUACAUUAACAGUAAAUGAUUUAGAUUAUCAAUUAUUUCAUAAAGAAGCAAAAAAGAUUUUAGGAGAUUUAGAAUCAGAAAUUAAAUUCAUAAUGUUAGGUGAUUAUCAAGAGAAUAGCGAUGAAAUUGUUUUGUUUGCCCAAACAACAGAUGACGAUUUUAAACCUUCUGCAGAAGAAAUUCAAAGAAAGUUAGAUGAUGGUAACUCAGCCUUGGACCGCUUAAGAAAGGCUCAAUCUACCUUACAUUCUGAAAUUAUUGAAAUGGAUUCUAAGUCUCAAGAUGAUCUUCUAGGUGAAAAUUCCCUAACAUUAAGUUUAGUAUUAAAGGAAGUUAAUGAUCAUGAAGGAUCUAUUCAAAUCAAGAUUCAUUCUCCAGCUGAAAAUGAAAUUUUAUUAAGAGGUAAUGAAAAAUCUGUUAAAGUUGCAAAGAAAGCAUUAAACUUGAUCAAGGAAUCUCCUUCAAGAAAUUAUAGGGAGGUUGUCGAAGUUCCUGCAACUGUUUUAUCAAGAUUUAUUGGUGUGAAAGGUGCAAAUAUUCAAAGCAUUCGCUCUUCAUAUGAUAUCACUGUUAAUAUCGAGGAGAGUAAUUCGAAAAGUGCAUCAAAUAAAAUAACUGAGGUUCUAUUGCUUGGUUUGGAAUAUAAUGUCAAACGUGCUCGUGAAUUUAUUCAUUCAGAAAUUAAGAAAUGGUCUGAUAUUAUUACCAAGGAUUUCUUGGCACCUGCUAAGUAUCAUAAAGGACUUUUUGGUCCACAACGUUCCAACUUGACUCAUUUACAAUCUAAGUAUGGAGUCCGUAUUGUGUUAAUGAAUGACAACAGCGUAAUAUCAAUAAGAGGUCCAUCUCGUAGCGUCAACAAGACCUACGAUGAAUUCCAAGCUUUGCUAGAUUUUGAAAUAGCUCAUAGCAACAGAACUGUUGUUAAAGUUCCUACUGAACAUAUUCCAAGAAUUAUUGGUAAAAAUGGUCAAAGAAUCAAUGAUUUGAGAGCCGAAUAUGGUGUAGAAAUUGAUUUUGUUGAAGAUACAUCAUCUGACGAAAUAAAGAACCGUGAAGAAGUUGAAGUAGAAAUAAUUGGUACCAGAGAAGCCAUCAAAGAAGCUUCUGACAAGGUUCAAUCUAUCAUCUACGAUACUGAAAAUUUCGUUCUUGAAAAAUACGAAAUCGAUCCUAAAUAUAAUAAGGCAAUUAUUGGUUUAAAUGGUACUGUUUUGAGAGAUAUUAUCAGUAAGGCGGGUGGUGAUCACUUGACCAUAAACAGACCAGUCAAUGUUCCAAAGUCUGGAUCUAAUGAAGGAUACAUCACUAUUCAAGGUCCAAAAGAAUUUGUAUCCAAAGUUAUUAAACAAAUUGAUACUAUUAUUUCCAACAUCGAUAAUACUGUAUCAGAGAGUAUUGAUGUCCCAACUGAGAGAUUAGGUGCAUUGAUUGGUCCUGUAGGUACAAUUCGUCGUCAAUUAGAAACUGAGUUCGACAUAAAAUUGCAAAUUCCAAACAGAAACAAUAGAUCCGGUAAAGUCACAAUUGUUGGUUUACCUGAGAAUGUCAGUUCUGCUAAAAAGAAGAUUGCAGAGCUUUUGGAUGAUAAGAUUGACUUAGAGAUUGAAGUACCUGCUUCAAUUCAAGAAUUUGUAUCUGAACGUGGUGCCUUCGUUCAAAGAUUACGUUUACAUGAAUUUGUCAAUGUCAGAUAUGGAAAUUCGGCUAAGAAAGUAGCAAAACUAGAUAAAGUUCCAAUUAAGAUCCCUGUUGAAAAAGUCAGGGGAGAUGGUAAAGAAGCUUUAAAAUUGACUAUCGAAGAAUUGUCCGAUUUACCAGAAGCCUCUACAGCUGAAACCAUUGUUUGGAAGCUAUCAUAUGAACCGUUAGACAUAGAUGGCUUAUUAGACUCCGAUUCUAGCAAGAAUACUGAAACCAGUGGUUCUCCAGCAGAAGAAAGGGCUAAACAUAUCGAAAACGCUAAAUCUUUAAUUGAAGAAAGAAUUGCUUCUGCUCCAGAAGCUAAGUAUGCUGGUUAUAUUUUCUGUUCUGAUAUAAAGAAGUUUAGCCGUGUUAUUGGUCCAGUUGGUUCAAGAAUUAACAAGUUAAGAAGCGAAUCUGGAUGUAUCAUUAGCAUUCCUAAAAAAUCUGAUAAAAUUAACGAUGUCGUCUUCAUCAGAGGUACUGAAGAUGGUGUCACUAAAGUUUCAGAGGUUAUUAUGAACAUCUUAAGAAAUUAA